GCUGCUGAGGGUGUGGCAAGUGGGCGAGUGCGCUGCUGUCAUUCCAACAUGGCGGCCACAACGGACGGUCGGAGACGGACGAUAAGCCCUUCUAACGUCAAGUCCUGCGUGGAGAGAGCAGGAAUGGUGGCGAGGAACAAAUACUGCGCUUAUGAGAGGUGUAACGAAGACAUUAUUAAAUUGAGAAGAUUAGCAUGGGCUCAUGGGAAGUACAGCUCCGAAGAUCAAGUAUAUAAUGCAUGCGACCAGUGUAUGAAAACGUUUUGUGACAAGCAUGUAGCAAGUAAUGAACAUCCAUGUUUUUACGCAGGACCAAAUACACACAAUUCCAGAAGCAAAAUGCGGGGAAAGGGGUCACCACCACAGGAAGGUUUAGAAUGCGUCAGGGAGAAUCAAGUAUGCGUGGAUAAAGAGGUCUCUGGCAGCUCAGUGAUUGGGAAUGAAGACAUGGUGCCGCGCAACCUCAAAAGCGUCUGA